AUACAUAUUGCUCAUAUUGCGUAAUGUGAUGUUCUUCAGGUUUAUCGUAUGCAUCAAUUGGUUAAUAAAGGGGAUAGCCUUAACAAGAACAUGACUGCUGUGAUAAAAAGCUAUAUCUCACGUGAUUUAGCUGUGAUGUACGUUCCGUCCAAACAAGGUAAAGGAGAAAACAGCAAAUUGGUAUUUAAAGAUACUAGUUUUUAUCAAUGCAUACAAGAAGUAAUGCGAAAAAAAAUGAAAAAUACGUCAGGAGGCGAUCUUAGUGACAAAGAUAUUUUAACCUCCAUGUCUGCUACCAUCCGGAAUGCUCGUGACUGGGAUGGAUUCCGAUUUCUAAGGACGCAAAAGAUUGAAAAACCUGCUAAAAACAUAGAACCUACAUAAUGACUGACGAGCUUCUUUACAUAAUUUAUUUAAUAAUAAUUUUUUUUUUUUAAUUUAUGUA